AUGUCGUUGAAACGGAAAAGACAAAAGGAAGCAUUAUCGGCUCAAAAUUAUCCAACAGUAUCAAAUGAUUCAAAAACUGCAAUUAGCUCUCAAAAUACAGUCCAGAGCAGCAAGUAUAACAAUAAAAAAAGUGCUCGUCAUAAUUUAGAAAUUUCAAGUAAUGAUAAUAAAAUUGCAAAGGAUUUGAGUGAAAAACCUAUAUCAACAACGACCGCUUCGAUCACCACAACCAAAUCUCACUCUCCACCAAAUUUGAACACAAAUCAAACACCGAAUCAUGAAUUCAAUGACAAUAAUAAUUCGCAGGGCAUUGCUUUAAGAAAACAGUCUUACAAUGUAAAAAAGAGUUUGGAAAUGUUAUCCGAAGUUAAUUACGAUGAUGAAAUUGAGAAUAGUGAUCAGGAAAGCAUUCAGAUCGAAGAAGAAAUAACCGACAAUAAUAUGUUUGGAAAUGUGUCGGAAUCAGAAGAGGAUGAUGACGACGUUGACAAAACUCAGAAUAUAAUAAUAAUGAAUGAUUUGAAAGUAAUCGAGAAGAUAGAUCAUCCGAUAAAAAGCACCACUAACAUCAUAGAUCCCAAUGCAAUAUCAAAUUUCUCACCGACCUCAUCAAAUGUAUUUCAUUCUUCUACUGUGAAUAAUAACACUCAUGGACGUGUUUGCCUGGUUGCAAUGCAAGCAGAAGAGACGAUUUGUUUCCAAGGCUACGUUUUGGUGGCUCCUUUAUUUGGACAAAUUACUAUUAUGGGCCAUCGUUUGCGUGGUGAGCAGAUUUCACAAAAAAAGAUUGAUUCCGAGGACGAAUUAAUUUUUUGGCCGGUUUUCUCGCCAAAGACGCAUGGUCUCGUAGUUAUUAGAUCUAUGGCGAUGGAAUCGACUACCACAGAAUUACCAUCAUACAAAAUGUCGAAUGUGGGAGUUAAAGCUCCAGACACUCUCAAGGCCACAAUCAAUGAACUUUUAGUAAAUCUUGAUUCUAGAUGCGUCACCUUUAAUUCUAUUGUCAUCUUUUGCGAAUUGUCUUGGUGUGGAAUCGACGGUGUUGAACGUACUUCAACUUCAAUAUUCAGAAAUAUUUUUUCGAGGGACCGAACAAGAAAUACUGACGAAAACAUGUCUAUCGACAAAACUGAUGAUUUCAGGAUUCCGGGAUUUUAUCCGAUUUUGGAACCAAUGCCGGGAAUCAUCGGUCUCCAUUUUCCUGAUUCAUGGACAGUAACCGUUAAACAAAUAUUAAUAGAAUCUCUUGACAAUAAUUAUAAUGGACAAACACACCCUGUCAUAAUUUUAUUCGGACGUAAAAAUGUGGGGAAAUCUACAUUCUCAAAAAUCCUUACAAAUACAUUGUUAAAUAGACAUCCAAGAAUAGCAUAUAUCGAAAGCGACAUUGGACAACCGGAAUUCACACCAUCAGGGAUCGUCUCGUUAAACAUAAUAGAUUCUCCGAUUUUUGGACCACCGUUUACACAUCCCAAACUACCUUACCGAUCUUAUUUUAUUGGUCACACCAAUCCGCGCGACUGCCCUGAUUACUAUUUAUCUUGUCUCCAAGAAUUGGUAGCGGUAUUCAGACGUGAUUUUGUAGAUUCAUCGGAAUAUGAGGAUAUUAAGAGUAAUAGAAUCCCAUUGAUCAUAAAUACUCAUGGAUUAGGAUAUGACCUAUUUCUACAACUCCACAACUUCGCAAAACCCACUCACAUCUGUCAAUUCCAAUCUCUUACCUACCCAUACCUAAAUCCUCCCAUUCUUCCCUCUUACGUUCUCUACCCCGAGGACCGACCUUUUCCAAAACUAUACCAUGUGGAUUCGAACCACUCUAGUCCCAAUUCUGCCAGAUUCAAUGCGCAAUUUCAACGGACACUCAUGCUAAUUUCGUAUUUUUAUUCAGUCCAAUUUUCUUCGAAACUACUACCGCGGCAAGGUUUUGAUCAGCGGUGGUGGAAUUUCGAUAUAACACUUGUGCAGCAGGUUCCGUGGUGCUUGGAUUGGACUAAGGGGUUGUCAAAAGGAGUGUUUAUGCUUUGUGCGGAAGUCCCGUAUAGUCAAUUGUUAUAUGCUUUGAAUGAAUAUAGUAGUUAUAAUAAUCGAACAGAUUCCUCAAAAAUCAUUCCACCACCUUACUUUCCAUCUCCAAAAUUUCCACCACCACCCCCAGCACAUCACACUUGCUUCGGGUUAGCCAUAAUACGCUCAAUCGAUCCAUCAACUCACACAUUCCACAUUUUGACCCCGCUCUCUACCACGAUAUUGAAACGAGUCAACGGAAUCAUAAAGGGUUCUUUGGAGCUACCAGUUUGUGCUAGCAUCGACGAAACUUCCAAAACUUCUACUGGACUAUGCCGAGUUCCGUGGAAAAAGGUGCCCUAUUUAAAUUUUGAUGUUGGUGCUGGUGCUGGACACGCUGCGCAACGAGUUAGAAGAAAUUUGAUGAGACGUGGACAGAUGAAUACUGCUUCUAUACAUGAUUUAUAA